GCUCGGUGAUAGUUUGUUGGACAUACUGAGCAGGGAGGGAGGAUGAGGGCUUUUGAGUUUACAAAUAUAAUCGAGCCCUUCAUGAGAAAGUGUGUGUGAGUGCUGGUGGGUGGGGCUGUGGCACGUUGUUUUGGACAAAAUGACUGGCUUGCAUCACCCGCACUCGCCCUCACUGCCGAGCCAGCCGGCCUCUCGGGCCUCUCAGCACCACAUUGACAGCAGGCCCCGCGUCCAUCCAUCACUGCCACGGCGGAUAUAGUGCCCCAAACUAGCUCACUGUCAUUUCUGGCCAAAAUACCGGACCUUGCUGAUACUAAACCUGGGCGGCUGUUGCUCUGUCGAGUCCAUCGCCGUUUAAGUGGCGUCUGUGGAGGGCUGUUAGCUUUAAAACAGAGAAGUGGCUCAACAACAAUCCAGCGCAAAGAGCCUGGUUAUGGAUUUUAACCUUCUGACGGACGGUGAUCCCCGCAGCCCGGCGCUGUCGCUCUCAGACUCCGGGACCCCGCAGCAUGACCCGGGAUGUAAAGGCCUGGACCAGAGCGACACAGAGAAAUCCCAGCAGAACCAGCUGGACGAGUCCAGCGCCGAGGACGGCUCUCUGAAGAAGAAGCAGCGGCGGCAGAGAACACACUUCACUAGCCAGCAGCUGCAGGAACUGGAGGCCACCUUUCAGAGGAACCGCUACCCUGACAUGAGCACCAGAGAGGAGAUUGCAGUAUGGACCAACCUCACCGAGGCUCGGGUCAGGGUAUGGUUCAAGAACCGGCGUGCCAAGUGGAGAAAGCGCGAGAGGAACCAGCAGGCAGAGUUAUGCAAAAAUGGCUUCGGUGCCCAAUUCAAUGGACUCAUGCAGCCCUAUGAUGACAUGUACACGGGUUAUUCCUACAACAACUGGGCCACCAAGAGCCUAGCAGCAAGCAGCCCACUCUCUGCCAAGAGCUUCCCAUUCUUUAACUCAAUGAAUGUAAGCCCCCUGUCAUCCCAGCCCAUGUUCUCCCCACCAAGCACCAUCCCCUCCAUGAACAUGGCCUCUAGCAUGGUGCCCACAGCAGUAGCUGGAGUUCCUGCUACGAGCCUCAACAACCUGGGCAAUCUCAACAACCUCAACAGUCCCUCAGCACUCAACUCGGUAGCAGUGACCGCAGCCACCUGCCCCUACGCCACCACAGCCAGUCCCUACAUGUACAGAGACACCUGUAACUCCAGUCUGGCCAGCCUGCGGCUCAAGGCCAAGCAGCACACCAAUUUCGCCUAUCCAGCAGUGCAGAACCCCGUGUCCAACUUGAGCCCCUGUCAAUAUGCUGUGGACCGGCCAGUAUGAACUAGAAACUCUGACUCAGUCAACCAGCUGUAAACUCACUGCUACCCCACUUCACAUCUCCUUAGUUCCAUCUGUAACGUGGCCGAUGCACAGCAGACUGCCAGCUUGUGUGUUCAUGGUACACAAUAAGAGUUAUCUCCACAACUGACACAACAAAUAGACGUGUUCAGAUGGACCACUGCGCUUUGUCGCUGAACUGACCAACUGCUUCAAAUGAUUUUUAAAUAUUAUUGUUCCUUUUCAUUUUUGCCUUCUUUUGAACUGCAUGAUUAGAAUAAAUGUAGAAACCAAGGCUAAAGAAAACAAAGAUGCUGCAACUGGACUGCUGCUGGCCCACAAAACCCUUUGAGCUGCAGUCUUCGCUGCAAAGACAACUGGAAGAUGUAUAUAGUUGAAUUUUUCUGUUUGUUUUGUAUGUGAAAAAUACAUCAAAUGUAGUACGGAUGACAGGAGCAUGUUCUACAAAUACAAAGGCCUAGUUUGAUGUUCUAUGAGCACAUUCUUUAAGAACUUUAUUGUGAAUUCCUCGACCGUUGAAGGAUCAUAGGUCAAAGGUCGGCUUGGAGAGGUGACAGGUUAGUCCUGAAAUACGAGCACAACCUCGAAUUAAAACAAACAAACACACACACAUGCACCAGAAUGAGCAAGAAGUUUCAAGUAAAUAUAAAAAGCCAUUGAGUAUAUAGAUUUGUGUGGUGUUAUACAAAGAAAGUCCAUGACUGUAAACAUGUAUGUAAGAGUGCAGUUGUUAUAACAAAAAACCAAACAAAAAACAAGCGAGCUUUCUUCCUGGUGUAGCCUGCUUUGUCUCAUUCAUGAACCAAUUAAAGGAUCCGAUUCUAUGAACCGU